AUGUCGCGAGCGGUGUUGACCACAUUGCCAUUGCAUUUUCAGAAGCCAGAGCUUCGCGAUCCUGCUUACAUAAUAAUCUUGAUAGUGAGCGCCAAGACCUCCCUCCAGCCUUAUCGGAGUCAACCUCUUCGGGACACUUCCAAAGUCGUCAGCUCUGGUUGUGACUUUGGAAGAACAAAAUUCUCCAACUUGCUCGAGAUGUUGGACUCUUUCGAAAUCCUCACCACCUCUGGUGUCGUUCUAUGGUCGAGAUCGUAUGCGCCAACAAGCCCCGCGAUCAUCAAUAGCCUCAUCACCAAUGUCUUCAUCGAGGAGCGCACACUUCCAGGAGCCGGCAUCGUAGACGAUAUUUCUGCGGCGCAUAACCCUCCAUACAAAUAUGAGCAACAUACAUUGAAAUGGACGACAGUGAAGGAACUUAACCUGAUCUUUGUGGCUGUCUAUCGGUCACUUCUACACCUGUCGUGGAUUGACAAACUCGUGGAUAACAUCAAGACAAUAUUUGUGGACUUAUAUGGUGAUCAAUUGAAGAAACCACAUACCACUGUCGUUGAAUGUCAUUUCGACGAGUAUUUCGACCAGCAAAUACAAAAGCUCGAAAAGACUGCUUUGAAUCAAGACACGAGAGUAGUGGAAUCCUCUGCAUUUGUCAAAGAAGCACCACCAUCAGUAUCUGAGAAGUUUGACGAUGAACCUCCGCCAUUGCCUGGACUCCUUUCGAGAGGACAAUCAAAGAACAACUAUAGAGACCUCACUUCGAACGACUCGACACCUAUUGCGACGCCUGAUACGUCGCGGCCAAGCACACCAGCAAGCCAUAUUCUGACUGGAAAGGCAGGACCAGGAGGCAAAGGGUCCCGAAGAGCUCGAAAAGCAGCGAACACACCAACUGCCUAUGCAUCUUCUGGAGAUGAAUCGUUCUUGAAAAAGAACAAGUCAGGAAAAUCUGCGGCUCCAAAGAAAGGAAGAAAAUGGGACGCUGACGGACUGGCGGACGAAGACAGCGAUCCCCCACUCGAUUACUCUGCACCAGCAAAUGGCGCAACAUCUGGCGAAGAUGAGGGAAAGGAACGACCAGGAAAUAUGGAAGAAGUGGACCAAGCAACUUGGGGAUCUAAGACUGGAAAAGGACAGUUCGUCUUGAAGGAUCUAGAUGACCAAGUCAACUCGAUUUUGGCUUCCGCAGACGCCAAGAAAGCGGAAACGGCAGCUCCAGCUACGGGCAUAGUAGGAUCGAGCUUGAGUGCGAUAGGAGGACUUUUCAGAAAUGUUGUAGGAGGCAAGACUUUGACGAAAGAGGAUUUGGAUAAAGCAAUCAAGGGAAUGGAAGAUCAUCUGCUGAGGAAGAACGUUGCGCGAGAAGCUGCCAUACGGCUGUGUGAGGGUAUUGAAAGGGAGUUAAUUGGUGUCAAGACUGGCAACUUCGAGAGUGUCCAAUCGAAGAUUCAGACAGCUAUGGAGUCUUCACUUAGGAAGAUCCUGACGCCAACCUCAUCGCUUGACCUUCUUCGAGAAAUCGACGCUGUCACAGCACCUGCUGCAUUAUCCUUACAAAAACGACGCCCUUAUGUCAUGUCGAUUGUCGGUGUCAACGGCGUUGGGAAAUCUACGAAUCUGUCCAAGAUCUGCUUCUUCCUUCUUCAGAACAAGUACAAGGUUUUGGUCGUUGCUUGCGAUACCUUCAGAUCUGGUGCGGUGGAGCAAUUGGCUGUUCAUGUCCGCAACUUGAAGGAACUUACAUCUCGAGAGGGUGGAGAAGUUGAACUGUACCAGAAGGGUUACGGAAAGGAUGCAGCAAAUGUUGCAAAAGAUGCAGUGACAUUUGCUGCGCAGGAAGGAUUCGAUGUUGUAUUGAUCGACACUGCUGGUCGUCGUCAUAAUGACCAGCGUCUGAUGUCUUCCCUUGAGAAGUUCGCCAAGUUCGCCCAGCCUGACAAGAUUCUCAUGGUCGGAGAAGCGUUGGUAGGAACAGACUCGGUCGCUCAAGCGAGAAACUUCAACGCGGCAUUUGGAAGCGGGCGUUCGCUUGAUGGCUUCAUCAUCUCCAAAUGUGACACUGUAGGAGACAUGGUCGGUACUCUGGUCAGCAUGGUACAUGCUACCAAUGUUCCAGUCCUGUUCGUUGGUGUGGGGCAGCACUACAGUGAUCUCAGGAAUCUUUCGGUGAAAUGGGCCGUGGAGAAGUUAUUGAGUAGUAAUUAA